UGUGCUGGUAUCGGAGCUACUGGCAAAUGCAAGAACGCAGGGUACCCAAAUCCGAAAAAUUGCAAAGUAUGCAUUUGCCCGCCUGGCUAUGGUGGCGCUUACUGUGCACAGAGAGUGAGUGCUCCAGUUGUUAGAGAAACUUCAGCGGCCAAGGCUUGGAAGUCAAGAAAUAUCACCAUAGGCAAUGCCACGAUAACCACUUCACGUAACGCCCACACGAUCUGCACCGACUGGAUUACGGCACCAGCAGGUAAAACGAUCCAAUUCCGAGUAACAGCCUUGAAAGAUGUUUCAUGUGCUAAUGGCUGCAGGAACAGUGCGAUUGAACCAAGGAUUUUGUUAGACAAGGCAAUGACGAGCCCAAGAAUUUGUUGCCCCGAACAACUGAAUCAGAUUUUGCCAAGCAACCACAAUCCAGCUCCAAUCGUCACAUAUAGUAUUCGCUACAGGUCUACAUAUACUUAUGAGUACAGAUAUGUGUAA